AUGGCAGUCUCCGUGAGUGCCGCCCCCGCUCAGCUUUCUCGCAGGGACUUCAGCGGUCAAGGAACAUUUUAUGUGCCUGGCCUUGGUGCUUGCGGUGUCACGAACACCGGCUCUGACUUGAUAGUUGCGAUAUCGGCUGCGAGGUUUGACUCCACUGGCACUGCCAAUCCCAAUCUCAAUCCUCUCUGUGGAAAGCGCAUCACCGCAAACUUCCAAGGAAAAUCGGUGACGGCCACCGUCGUUGACCGCUGCCCGGGAUGUGCCGUAAACGACCUCGAUUUUUCUCCUGCAGCGUUCGAUGCGCUCGCUGAUCCUAGCCUCGGAAGAAUCGAUAUUUCUUGGAAUUUCAUCUAA